AUGCUGCUGCUGAGAAGCCUCGUUCUGAGGCUAUCGAGCAGCCAGAAAAAUAUCGAUCCUGAAGAGGAGAGGAAGCUCGUACGAAAGCUGGAUAGGGUGAUCAUGCCCUUAAUGGCUCUUGUCUACUUCUUCCAAUACCUCGACAAGGGUUCCAUCAACUACGCCGCCGUCUUCGGCCUCAAGACGGAUCUUAAACUCACCGGUGAAGAGUUCUCCUGGGUCGUGUCCCUCUUCUACCUCGGCCAGCUCGCCUCCGAAUACCCCGCCGCCUACAUCCUCAGUCGCUUCCACAUCACCAUCUUCGUCGGCGCUACCAUUGUGGUUUGGGGUGGUGUUGAAAUGGCCAUUGGAGCAACUCAGAACUUUCACGGUCUCGCCGCCGCGCGAUUCUUUCUAGGUUUCGCUGAGGCUGCUGUAUCGCCUGCCUUUGUCAUCAUCACUUCCAACUGGUAUCGUCGCAGCGAGCAUCCGAUCCGAGUGGCGACGUGGAUGUCGAUGAACGGAAUCAGUCAGAUCGUUGGUGCCCUCCUUAUGUACGCUGUAGGCGGUGCCAAGAUGUCAAUUGAGAGCUGGCGAGCCAUCUUCCUUGUCUUUGGAGGCUUGACCGUUGCUUGUGGUAUUGUCUUUGUGUCGUUGAUGCCUAGGGACACAACAACCGCGUGGUUCUUGAACGAAAGAGAGAGGGAGAUUGCUACGAGGAGAUUGGCCAUCGAUCGAGCUACCAGAGACAAGGCUCACUUUGACAAGGAGCAAAUGUGGGAGGCAUUGUCGUCGCCUUUGACCUGGCUCUAUUUCAUGAUGGCUCUGUGCGUCACCUUGACUACCCCUAUUCUCAAGUUCUCCUCGCUCGUCAUCAACGGCUUUGGCUUCUCCAAGUUCCGCACUAUGCUGGUCGGUCUUCCCGGCGGCGCCAUCAACUUCGUCACGGUCUGGAUGUCAGCCAUCAUCCCGCUCCUCCUACCUGGUACACGAGUCUACACAGCUAUAGGCCUCACCUUGAUACCCCUGGCUGGUUCCACAAUCCUGCUCGCUCUCCCCGUCAACGUCAACGGCGGCGCCUCUUGGGGUAUCGUUGCUUCGACGUGGCUUGCCUCGUGCUCCUCUGCACCUCUAUGCGCGUGUGCUAGUCUCGUGGCUAGCAACGUCAAGGGAAACACAAAGAAGAGUAUUGUUAGUGCUGGAUUCUUCAUCACGUACUGUGUGGGAUGCAUAGUGAGCCCUCAGGCUUGGCAGGAAGAGGAUGCGCCGCGAUAUACCAAGGGAUGCAUCCUCAGCAUCGCCAGCUGGGUUGCCUUGAUCGUCACCCUCGUCGUUUACAUGACCCUAGUCAAGAGAGAGAACAACGUUCGAGACGGAAAGGCUGCUGAGGGACAGAUUGAGUAUUUGUCUGCUUCGCAGGUGGGUGAAGGAAGUCACACUCAGAUUGGUGUGUCGGUUGAUUCGGACCUUACGGAUGUUGGGGACAAGGGAUUCCGCUACAACAGCUAG